AUGCAAACCAUCCAGACUAUAGAGACACACUUCCCCUUGUUGCGAGAGAUCUUCUACCCUUCUACUUUCAGCCAUCAGGAGAGAGACCGGAGAAAGAGCAGCCUUACAAGCCUUAUUAGGAAACAAAAACAUCUACAGAAAGGGUUUGAUUCAAAGCCCCAGUCAUGUGAGGAUGUACCGGGCCGAGCCGAGCAUCCUCGGUUCAGCCGAUCCUCCAGCAUACCAGGAUGUGAAUCACCAAAUCGAGCUUUUGGCCGAGGGAGAGAGAGGAUUCAAGAAGGAGAGCAAGAAAAUGCAAAAGAGAUAGAUGAAGCGCCACCCCCCUUUAUGUCUUCCGUCGGAGCGUCACCGGUUACAUCAUCGAACCAGCUGCUACCAACCACAGAGGGAGAGGGUGAGGGAUUACAGAGUGAGGGACAGAGAAAGCCAGAGUGCUCAAACCAGAAAUUGGAGGCACAGACUAAACAGCAGAAGCAGAAAGAGCAACCAGAGAAUACUCACUCUCGGCAUGGCUUGAUUGCCAAAGGGGUUCGCUUGCUGAGGAACAUGGGUAACCAGGAAGCCAAGCAAAAGAAGGCAGGUGCACCCAGGGCAGAGUGCAUCACAGACCUGUAUGGAUUUAAUUAUAAAGGCGCAGAGGGCUCCAGAAAGAUAAAGAAGUCCCAGGACAAAGUCAGAAAAUCAUCUGCUGACUCGGCUGAGAAGAAGUCCGAAACUGAAAGCUCCACGAGUUCUGUAUUCUCCAACAUUCACAUACGGAAUCGACUGUCCAAGAAGCCAGGGUCCAAAAACAAUAUAGAUAUUAAUUGUGAAAGUGGUGGUGGUGAUGUUGAUGGAACCAAUUUAAAGAAGGAUCUAGAAGGCCUUACAUGUGACAGCAUUUCAGAAAAAAAUAGGUGGAUUCCAGGAAGUAGAGAAUCAUCUGUGGAUAUGGGUGUGGAACACGGAAUGGGAGAGAGCAGCAAGUCGGGGUCUGACACUGAUCUCUGUAGCUUUCAUUCAGCCUUUGAUAGCCAAGAUAUGUUAACAGAUAUCCAGUGUAUCAUUGAACAGCAGCAGUGGGGCAAUAAAAUAGAAGGGUGUUUAGAAGGAGGAAAACCUGAGAUCAUUCAAGAUCUGGAGAACGAUGAACCUCAGGAAGAUGAAGCAUCUUUGUUUUUAGCUGCGGACGUGGAUGUACCAUACAUACCCUCCUCUUCCUUUGCUAAUUUUCAUGAUGGAAAGACUGAAAUAGUAGCUUCAUUGUCUGAAACCAGGCCAAGAAGUCAAUCUGUUUGGAGCUCAAAUGGCCUGAAGAUAUCGCAUGACCAAAAUAUGGCCCCUGUCACCAAAUCAGAAAGCAUCCAUAACAUCCAGGCUAAUUUAAUUAAAGGGUCUAAUAGCUUCAGCACUCAGGACACCUCAAACAGCAUGUCCUACAAAAGAACUGAGGAGAAUCUGGAAGAAGGCUCCUCUGCCUCAUCCCCAAUUGAUGAGUGUCUUCAAGGAAACAAUGAUGACUCUAUUGAGCUGCUUACUGAUCUCAGAGUUGACCCAGGAACAAAGGUUCAGCAGAUAAAUUUUAUGCCACAGAAUAGUAUUAGUGCUGUGGAUCUCAAUUUGGCACCUAGUGUGGAGCAAAAUGUAUUAAUGGUGCAGACAAGGCCAAACAUCCCUGCCCAGAUAAGGAGGAAAAGUACUGGCACUUCAUUAACCCCCUGGAUGUUGGAGAACAUUGCUGAACGAGGUUUACACCCAAGCAAAUUCUCAAGUUCUGGAGUCAAACUGUACCCUACCAUCCAGCCAUCUUAUGUGAAGACCACUACAAGGCAGUUGUCGUCUCCUCCACACUCCCCCAAUGCCACACCUGCUCAAAGCCCCUCAUGUCCACGCAAACUCAGCCAAGAUCUUAAACAGGCAUCACUCAGAACUGAAUGUUGGAGGACACACAGACCACGUUCCUGUAGCAUCGCAAGCCCGGAAAGUUUUGAUAGUAGCUGGUAUCAGGCUUUAGACAGGUGUCAUGAACUUUCACAACGAGAAUUCCACACUCAGCAACCAUCUUCUGGUCUUCAGGCAACUGCCAGAACCACAUUUCAGGAUGUAUUCUCAGGUCAAUCUCUGUUAUCUAGAUGCACUGCUGCUCAUGGUGAUAAUGAAGAAGCAAAGAAGUUUUGUUCACUCUUCCUGGCUUUGGGAAUUCUUCAGCCCUUCGACGACUGCCUCGGAAAGCCAAUCACAGGAAGUGAUGCGGUCAACAAGCCCGUUUUUAAUAAGGACACGUUGUACACAUGGACCCCACUUGGUCAGCCUGAGGUUCGGGCUCCAGGGCGAUUACAUACCCCUUGGCCUCCAGCCUACUCUACAGCCCAGCCUGCUGUACAGGAUUGGAAUACAGCGUCAACUGAUAAUCUGGAGAGAACGAUCAAAGAGUUAAGAGAGAAGAUACAACAUCUAGAGCAACCCAGCAGACCUGUUAACUCCUCUGAAGAAGGAGAUGGUGCAUAUGGUGUUAAUCCUGGUCAUGCAUUCACAAAAGUCAAUGGACGAAUGUCUCGUUAUGAGGCGCGGUCAGUCCAAACCUCUCCCAUUGAGGAGGAAUUCAAGUUUACAGUGCCUUUAUCUGACCAGUCAGGAGCGUGUGAUGUAACUGACAGCACCACUUCAUCAGGAGUACAACUACACAAGUGCCAAAUACUACAGCAGAAGGGCACAACACAAAGUCUUCCACCUUCUUCACAUUCUAUUCUGACUAGUGCCACUGUAUCUACAGGUUCUACUAUGCUGCCCCCAACUUUGGGACAAGAUUUUUCGGUAGCAAAACCUCCUCCACACUCACCAACUCUCUACCCCCUGACUACAACUGUUCAACUUGUGGUGAAGGUCCCACCUCCUCCCCCUCUUCCACUACCUCCUUCAAGCAUUGGACCAACACCACCACCACCACCACCUCCACCUCCUCCACCUCUUCCAAGUUUUGGACCUCCUCCUCCUUUACCUCUUAUAAGUUUUGGACCUCCACCUCCUCCACCGCUUCCAGGUUUUGGACCUCCACCUCCUCCAUCGCUUUCAGGUUUUGGACCUCCACCUCCUCCACCGCUUCCAGGUUUUGGACCUCCACCUCCUCCACCUCUUCCAGGUUUUGGACCUCCACCUCCUCCACCUCUUCCAGGUUUUGGACCUCCACCUCCUCCUGGGUGUGGACCUGUUUCUCCACCCUCUUUCAGGUCAAUGUCAGUGAGUUUCUCUCAGGACUCUGUCCCCUCGAAGGCAGUCAUCGAGACUCCACGAGCCAUGAAGCCUUUAUAUUGGACCAGAAUACAGCUGCAUGCCAAAAGAGAUCCAAAGACACAACUGGUAUGGGAGAAGGUGGAAGAGCCACCUAUUGACUUUGCAGAGUUUGUUGAGCUUUUUGCCAAAAGUGCAGUAAAAGAGAAGAGGAAGCCAAUCUCUGAUACCAUCCCCAAGUCCAAGACUAAACAGGUAAUGAAGGUUUUGAACAACAAGCGAUCACAGGCUGUAGGAAUCCUGAUGUCCAGUCUGCAUUUGGACAUGAAAGACAUUAAGCAUGCCAUCUUGAACAUGGACAAUGGUGUGGUUGACCUGGAGACCCUUCAGGCGCUGUAUGAAAAUCGAGCCCAGAGAGAAGAAAUGGAUCAGAUCGAGCGACACCUCAAGUCCAGCAAAGGGAAAGAGCAACCACUAGACAAGCCUGAACAGUUCCUGCUGCAGCUGGCGGAGAUUCCUCAGUUCUCAGAACGAGUUUUCUGCAUCCUGGUUCAAUCCACAUUCACUGAGAGCAUCAGCUCUGUAACAAGGAAGAUCAGCCUGCUGCAGAGAGUGUGCAUGGCUCUGAGCAGUAGUAAAGGUGUGCUGCAGCUUCUCGGUCUGAUUCUCGCAUUCGGAAACUUCAUGAAUGGAGGGAACAGGAGUCGGGGACAAGCAGACGGCUUUACGCUUGAUGUCCUGCCCAAACUCAAAGAUGUUAAGAGCAGUGAUAACUCCCGGAGUCUCCUCUCCUUCAUCGUUGCUUAUUAUAUGCGACACUUUGAAGAGGAUGCAGGGCAGGACACGUGUGUGUACCUUUUACCGGAGCCACAGGACCUUUUCCAGGCAUCACAAAUGAAGUUUGACGAUUUCCGCCGAGACCUCAAUAAACUACGCAAAGAUCUAAAUGCUUGUUCAUCUGAGACCGAGAAAGUGUGUGUUACAUCUUCAGAGGAACAUCAACAGCCCUUUAAGGACAAAAUGGAAGAGUUUCUUACUCAGGCAAGGACAGAUCUGGAGGUUCAGGAAAAGCAGCUCAUUGAAACCCAAAAAAGCUUCCUGGAGCUGAGUGCUUUUUUCUCAGUGAAACCUAAAGGAGAUGAAAAGGAGGUGUCUCCAAAUACAUUCUUCUCUGUGUGGUAUGAGUUCUCCUCAGACUUUAAAGACCUGUGGAAAAAAGAAAACAAACUUCUGCUGAAGGAACGAUUAAAAGCAGCCGAAGAGACGAUCAGACAGACACGAGAGAAAGCAGCCUACAGCGUCAAACCUAAACACGCCUCCGGGAUGAAAGCCAAACUGGGGCAGAAGAUCUGAAGCUUUGAUCUGAAGCUGUUAAACAUUUUCUGUCCUCUUACACUCCUAAUUAAAUGCAUGCUGAGUAGGAUCGUUAGCUGUGGAGCUGAAUCGGCGGGCGAACCAAAGUGAAACGAGAAACACGAAGCUGCAAUGCAAAUGACACAAGUUUAGCCAUUUUUUUUUAUCAAUUAAAGUAGCUAUAAAUGAUAUAAUGCUUCUUUUUGGUUUCUUUUUCUUUUUUUUA